CACACGUCACGUCUGCGACCUGUUCCAAGCAGCGGCAUGGCAAAGCGGGUAGCAGUCAUUCUGUCGGGAUGCGGAAUCUACGAUGGCACAGAGAUCCACGAGGCUUCCGCUGUCCUCGUUCAUCUGAGUCGCGCUGGAGCACAAGUGCAGAUGUUUGCACCAAACCAAGACCAGAUGCAUGUUAUCAAUCAUUGUGAUGGGAAGCCUUUGGAUGGCAAGAGAAACGUCCUGCAGGAGAGCGCCCGCAUCGCCAGGGGUGACAUCACGGAUUUGGCCAAGUUAGACGUUUUAGAGUUUCAUGCUGUCAUCAUCCCUGGUGGUUUUGGUGUGGCAAAAAACCUCAGUGAUUGGGGAACCAAGAAUAAGGAGUUCACCAUCAAGCCAGAGGUGGAGAAGACCCUGAAGGAUUUCCACAAAGCGGGAAAGCCCAUGGCCAUGUGUUGCAUCUCUCCAGUCCUUGCUGCCAAAAUCCUGCCUGGUUGCGAACUCACAGUGGGGCAAGAUAAAGAAAGCGACGCGUGGCCGUACGCCCGGACUGCCGGCGCCUUGCGGGAGAUGGGCUGCAAACACGUGAAUAAAGAAGCGGAGCAAGCGCACGUGGACGUCAAACACAAACUCGUCACCUCUCCGGCUUUCAUGUCCAACGCUCCCAUUCACAAGAUCUUUGAUGGAAUCGGCGUAUUGGUUAAAGAAACGCUGAAACUUGCUUAAGAGGUCACCACAGUCAUGUGUGGGCGCGGAUUGCUUUUACUUUGA